CAACUGCUUUUCUCUGGAAGUUACAAAUCCUUCAGAAGUUCAUAGUUUUACCCUGUUUUGAUUUCUGCUUCAGGACUUGGGAUCUUGAUGUACGCCUGGGUUUUGAUCUCUGUAAAGAGGAGAGAGAAUUUUUAGACAAAAGGAAGAAAAUAGUCUCCGAGGCCCUGAAGAAGGCACUUAACUUAAAAGAAUUCCCUGCAAAAGAUGAGGUUCCAGUCGUGGCGGUGCUGGGGUCCGGGGGCGGCAUGAGGGCGCUGACCUCGUUCUACGGCAGCCUGGCAGCCCUGCGGCAGCUGGGCCUUCUCGAUGCCGUCACGUAUCUGAGCGGCAUUUCUGGCUCCACUUGGUGUUUAUCUACAUUGUAUCAAGAUCCUGACUGGUCACAGAAGGACCUUCAAGAGGCAAUCAGCAGAGCUCAAGAUACUGUGUCUAGCAGCAAAGGAGGGGCAUUUUCCCCUGAGCGUCUGAAAUACUAUUUCCAGGAGCUGAAUGCAAUGGAGAGUAGCGGACGGAAAGUUUCCUUCACGGAUUUGUGGGGCCUUAUUGUGGAGUACUUCCUGCAGCAGAAGGAAGACCCAUCAAAGCUCUCUGAUCAGCAAGAAGCAGUGAAGUGGGCCCAGAACCCCUAUCCCAUCUAUGCAGCUGUCAAUGUGAGACCCAAUAUGAGCAGUAGUGACUUUGCAGAAUGGUGUGAGUUCACUCCCUAUGAAGUUGGGUUUCGCAAAUAUGGAGCCUUUAUCCGAACAGAAGACUUUGACAGUGAGUUCUUCAUGGGACGACUCAUCCAAAAACGUCCAGAGCCCAGGAUUUGUUUUCUGCAAGGAAUGUGGGGCAGUGCCUUUGCUGCAAGCUUGGAUGAUAUCUGCCUCAAGGUGGUUGGUAUAGGCCUGGGCUUUCUAGAUUCUUUUAAAGAUGUCAUCAAAGUUGUAGACGACUGCCGAAGAUUCCAUUUUCGUGAUCCAACACGGCUGAAAACCCGCCUGGUCAUACCCGGCGGCCCCUUGUUGCAAAUGUUCCAGGAUUUCUUCACAUCCCGGGUCACAUGUGGAGAAACCUUCAACUUCAUGCAGGGAUUGUAUCUUCAUAAAGAUUACGUCAAUGUGAAGAAGUUUGUAGCUUGGAGAGGCACUCAUCUGGAUGCAUUUCCCAACCAGCUGACCCCCAUGGAGGAGAGCCUGUAUUUGGUGGAUGGUGGUUUUUCUAUCAACUCUCCAUUUCCUUUGGUUCUUCAACCAGAAAGGGAUGUGGAUGUCAUCUUGUCAUUCAACUUUUCCUGGGAAGCUCCUUUUGAGGUUUUAGAACUGACCCAGGAAUAUUGCAAGGAGCAGGAAAUUCCUUUUCCAAAAAUCCAAUUGAGUGAUGAAGACAAAAAGAAGCCAAAAGAGUGUUACAUGUUUGUGGAUGAUAAGAAUCCAAAGGCUCCCAUUGUGCUUCAUUUCCCGCUGGUGAACGACACCUUCCAGAAGUACAGAGCUCCAGGAGUUAAAUGUGAGUCAGAAGAUGAGAAAUCCUUUGGUGACUUUGUCAUUGAGACAAAGGAUUCUCCUUACCGUACACUGAAUUUCACCUUCGAGCCAUAUGAUUUCAACAGGCUGGUUGAAGUGAAUCGCUACAAUGUACUGAACAGCAAGGACACUCUCUUGAAAAUCCUAAAUCUGGCUCUGCAAAGGAAAAAGCUGAAGAAAGUCCUUAACACAUGACUGGCUUC